AUGGCCUCAAGACACGAGCCCAAACAAAGCCUAGCUGAGCGGCGGAAGGGGGAGUCUGCGCUCAGCGAAUUUGCCGAUUAUGUACAGAAACAACAAGCGCUGCGCCGACCGCCAGGCCAAGCCCCCGCCGUUCUCGAAGACCACGAUGAGCUGAGCAUCCUGGACGAGCUCGGUCUCUCCGAUGACAACAAGACGCAUAUUCGCCUCAGGACACUCCUUACCGACCCUGCCGAGGAGAACGUCGCAGCACUAGCUGAGCAUAUCAAGGAACGCCUGGCAGAGGGCCAUGGGGAGGUCUUGUUCGAUGUUGGAAUGGAAGACAGCGGCGACUCCAUGGGCUUCACCAAAGACCAGUGGGAUUUCGCAUUGGCGAGGAUAGAUGUUGUAUGCGAACAGAUAAAGGCCGACUACAAAAUGCUCAUGACGCGGAAUGUUGGUGGUGACGUUGAAGUAGGACCUCGCGAUGCAAAGGACACCGGAUUCAGUGGCAAGAUGAUCCUGCGACAGCAGCCGCAGAGUGUCGACGACGUGAUCGAGACGAGGAUAGCAGUUGUGGGAAAUGUCGACGCUGGAAAAAGUACCAUGCUGGGCGUUCUUGUCAAAGGCGGCCUCGACGAUGGCCGUGGAAAGGCGCGCGUCAACCUCUUCCGUCACAAGCACGAAAUCGAGAGCGGUCGAACCAGUUCAGUCGGCAUGGAAAUAAUGGGCUUCGACAGCAAAAGCGAGGUUGUUGUGUCGAACGUCGCAGGUCGAAAACUUACUUGGGAAGAGAUUGGACGUCGGUCGGCCAAAGUUAUCAGUUUCACUGACCUUGCAGGUCACGAGCGGUACUUGCGGACAACCGUCUUCGGGCUGCUAUCCAGCGAGCCCAAUUACUGUCUCUUGAUGAUCGCCGCGAACAACGGUUUGGUGGGCAUGAGCAAAGAGCAUUUGGGUAUUGCACUCGCGCUCAAUGUGCCCGUCAUGGUCGUCAUCACCAAAAUCGACAUAUGUCCACCGCAAAUUCUCGAACAGACCAUCACUCAGCUCACCAAAAUCCUCAAAUCUCCCGGCGCGCGAAAGAUACCUAUCUUCAUCAAGAACAGGGAGGGGUGCAUCAACACCGCUACCCAGUUUGUAUCCAGUCGCAUAUGCCCCGUCUUCCAAGUAUCCAACGUCACUGGACAUAAUCUGGACCUGGUGCGCAUGUUCCUUAAUGCGCUACCACAUCACGGCAACUACGACAGCUCUGCCCCUCUAGAGUUCCACGUCAAUGACACCUUCUCGGUCCCCUUCGUCGGUACUGUAGUUUCUGGUGUCGUAAAGUCUGGCGUGAUACACUCUGGCGACACGGUUCUGAUUGGCCCCGACAGCCUUGGUCAAUUCCAAACAACAAAAGUACGAUCCAUUGAGCGGAAACGAAUACAGGUCCCUGGAUGUUCCGCUGGUCAGUCUGGCAGUCUUGCGCUGCGCAACGUUCGGCGAAAAGAUGUGCGAAAAGGCAUGGUCGUCUUGCAUAAAGCCGACAAGCCCGAUCCAACAACUGGUAUCCUCCCGAACCCCAAGGUGUACCGCGAGUUCGUUGCCGAAGUCUUGAUCUUAUCUCACGCAACCACUAUCAAGACCAAGUAUCAGGCUAUGCUCCACGUUGGACCGGUCUCCCAAACCUGUGCCAUAAUAGACAUUGACCGCCAGUACAUCCGUACUGGUGACCGAGCUCAGGUAGCCUUCCGAUUUGUACAGCGGCCUGAGUACUUGACUGUAGGUGAUCGAAUACUCUUCCGUGAGGGCAGGACGAAAGGACUGGGUAUUGUCAAGAGGGUUGGCUACGAUCCUAAGCAUCCACUGAACCCGGACUUGCAUAAAGAUGAUAAGGGGAAGGAGAAUCAGCCUGAAGGCAAGAAGGCUGAAGCCUCAUGA